AUGGAAGACCCGCCAGAAGACAUCAAUUCUGCCCUGGAGUCAUUUAGAGAAGAGUGGCGGGCUGAAGUACGGGCAAGACAAUCUCAAACCAAACACAACAACAGCAACAACAACAAAUCAUCAUCAUCGCAGCAAAAAAAGACGCCAGAUAAGAGGAAACCACCAACCAGCCCAACCCAGCUGAAACCCAAGGUCCAGGUUCAACCGCUCCCAGCCGAAGCUUCCUCAUCGUCGUAUUCUUCCACCAAGGCUAAAAAUGCGGCGGUAGAAGAAACCCCCUCAUCCACACCCGCAUCCGCAUCCGCAUCCGCAUCCGCAUCAGCACCAACUCCAACUCCAUUGCCCACAACAGCCAAGCCUGAAAAGACUCGGUCCGCCGUAGAGCUUUACGAAGAUGCCGUUGAGCAGGAAACCCGCGGCAAUCUCGGCGAGAGCCUCAAGCUCUACCGCACCGCCUUCCGCCUGGAUCCCAAGGUCGAGCAGCAGUACAAGUCCAAGCACUUUGCCGCUGCUUGGGCUCCUCAGAAGAAGCCCUCUGUCGGAGCAGGAAGCUCGGCUGCUAGCGAGAAACAACAGCAACCCGAUAAUCCUGCCAUGACUACUACUACUACCACCACCGCCGCCGCUACUACUAAACCCCAGAGCAUAAGUGACUUGAUAAUCAGCUUUGCCGGCCUGGCCAUAGAACCGGCCGGCCCUCCCAUGGAGGGCAUGCCGCCACCCCCUUGCCCCAUCGCGGCGCUUCCGGAUGAGGUCCUGCUGCACAUCCUCCAGGACGUGGCCGUAGACGAUGUCGGUGACUUUGUGCGACUAUCCCAGGUCUGCAAGAGAAUGGCGUUCCUGGUGGCCACCGAAGGGCGCAUUUGGCGCCGCGUGUGCCUGGGGACCGAGUUUGGCUUCCUAGGCAUGCACCGCCGCUUCCAGACCAGUCUGACUUGGGACCCAGAGAAGUUUGCUCUGGACGAGCUUGACAUGCUCAGGCUCGACGGGCAGCCAGAGGCUACGGCUCUCGAGCAGGAACAGGGGGAGCCAGAAAUAUCGCAAGCUCUCUUGGCCUCCAAGUACGGCGGCUCGUGGCAGACCAUGUUUCGCUCGAGGCCGAGGAUCAGGUUCAAUGGAUGCUACAUCAGCACUGUCAACUACAUCCGGGCCGGCCAGGCCUCUGCGAAUCAAGUGACGUGGAACAGCCCUGUCCACAUCUGUACCUACUUCAGGUAUCUGCGCUUCUUUCGCGAUGGUACUUGCAUCUCAUUGCUGACCACGGCGGAACCCGCCGAAGUGGUGCAACACCUGACCAAGGAGUCUCUCCAGCUGCACCGCCAGGGUGCGUCGGGACACCUCCCUUCUAUCGUCAUGCAGAAUGCCCUCAAGGGCCGAUGGCGUCUCGGGUCGGCUGUUUCUGAACUGUACGACGACGCCGGCAAGGUCAAGGGAGAAGAAAAGGAACAAGGUCUUCCAGAGACCGAGGAGGACCUGUUCAUCGAGACGGAAGGCAUCGGCAAGUACAUGUACCGUCUCGACCUCGCGCUCAAGACGGCAGGCAAGAUAACUAGGAACAACAAGCUAGCUUGGAAAGGCCACUACAGCUACAACCGGUUGACUGACGAUCUGGCCGAGUUCCCGCUCAAGAAUGACCGGCCCUUUAUAUUCAGUAGGGUGAAGAGAUUCGCUUAG